AUGUUGUUGUCAUUUCGUCGACUUUGCGUGUACGCCGCUGUUGCCGUUGCCCUGCCUGUCUGCCCGCCCGCCCGUCUGCCCGCCCGCCCGUCUGCCCGCCCGCCUGUCUGCCCGCCUGUCUGGCCGCCCGCCUCCUGCUGCUCGCGUCUGCUGCUCCCGCUCCGCCUGUCCUGCUCUCCCCGUCUCCCGGCUCAGGCUGUUCACUUCCCGGCCUCGUCUUCCGCGGUGGGGAUGGACCUCCUGGUCCUCCGCCCGUCCCACGACGAGUUCCCUUCCCGGCUGGAGAGACGGUCCCGCCCGUGGCGUUCUGGCCGCGUCCUCGGGGCCCCCGGCCGCUCCUUGAGCGGUGCUGCUCCGGGCUCCUCAGCUCCAUGGGCUCUCUGCUGCCUCCCUGCCCCGCACCUGCCCCUGCGUGCUACGGCCCCGCCUAGUACGGGCCGCGUCCCCCUAACCUUGUCCUGUGCUUUUUCCCCUGAAGGUGGCUCCACUCCGGACUUCCCCCCGUCAGGCCCCUGCUUGCCCCUGCCUUCACGCUGGCCCCGGCGCCUCCCCCUGUUCGCCCCGUGGCCCCCUCUGCUUCCGGGCCUUCCCCCGUGUCUCCCUCCCUCUGGGCCGCUUCCUGCUGGCCAGUUCCGCUCCGGACUUCACGCCCGUUCCGGCUGCUGCCCUUCUCAUCGGCGCCCUGCCCGCUCCUGCCUCCGCCACCUGCUCCUGCCUCUCCUGCUGUCGGGCGCUGGGCCGCGCCUGGCGGGUUCCUGCCUCUUUCACACCCGCCCCCCGUUCCCCUGCCUCCCGCCCUCCCUGCCCCGGCUCUUGUCCUCGCCGGCCUUCCUGCCCUGUUCGUGGCGUGCAUCGCCUCCGUGGGCUCUCCACCGCCCCUCUGCCCUGCGCAUGGCCCUGCCCCUGCUUGGCCUGGCCCUGCCCCUGCUUGGCCUGGCCCUGCCCUCUCCGGGCUGCGCCCCUCCCUCCGUCGGCGUCCUGCCCGAUCCUGUCUCUGCUUCCCCCCCCCCCCCAGCACUGCCCCUCUACUGCUGCCGGGCGCUAAGCCGCACCCUGCGGGUUCCCACACCCUGCCUCGCCCGCCUCCUCCUGCCCCGGCUUUGGCUCCUGCCCUCGCUGACCUUCCUGGCCUUUUCACAGCGUCUUUCGCCUCCUUGGUGCCCCCCUGCCCCGUCCCUGCCCUGCCCCUGCGUGCUCAGUCCUGCCCCCGCCUGCUCUGGGCCACGCCCCCCUGACCGUGUCCUGCAGGUGGCUCCGCUCCGGAUGACCCCCCCGCCCUGGCUGCUGCCCUUCCCAUCGGGUCCCUGCCCCCUCCUGACUCCGCCUUCAUGCUGGCUACGGCGCCUCCCCCUGCCCGCUCCUGCCUCCUGGCCUUCCACUGUCUCUCUCCCUCCGGGCCGCUGUCCCCCUGGGUGGCCCCGCUCUGGCCAUCCUGCCCGCCCGGCUGGUGCAUUUCCUGUUGGGGCCCUGUCGCCCCUGCUUUCGCUCUGCCCACGGCACCUCCCGUUGCCCCCUCUGUGGCCCCCUCUGCCUCCGGGCCUCCCCCCCCGUGUCUGCCUCCCUCCGGGUGGCCGUCCCCCGGGUGAUUACGUGGACCUGGCCGUCCUUCUCCUCCCGUCCCGGGUUGCUGCCCCCCGCACCGUUGUCGUGGCCCUGUCCUCCUCUGUUGUCGGGUUUCGCUGUCCGCCCUGCCCCCGCUCUCCUUCCCGUCCGGUCCUGGCUCCCGCGGGCCCCGACCCUGGUGGUCCGUAA